UGUCGCUAAGUUAGCUCUAGCAACUUGAAAUUUUGCAAACAUAGCCAAAGCUAACAUAGCUACAUAGAUAACAUACCUGCCUGUCUUAUAAAGCUGCUUCGUGAGCUUAGCUUUAGCUACAUAGCUAUGUUAUCUAUAGCUAAAUUAGCUUUAGCAACAUGAGCUUUAGCAAAAAGUAGCUAAAACUGAUUUAGCUACAUAUAUAAUGUGCCUAUCUAGCUUACAUAGAUCAUUGUGUGAGCCUAGCUAUAGCUACAUAGCUACAUUAUCUAAAGCUAUGUUAUCUUUAGCAAUUUGAGCUUUAGCAACAUGAGCUUUAGCAAACAUGCUAAAGAUAAUUUAGCUGCGUAGAUUUGGUAGAUACAUAGCUAACGUAGUUGCUGUAUAAGCUUAGGUCCAUUACCAAAGUAGUUUCAUUAGCUACGUAGCUAGAAUGUUUUCAUGGAGGACAGAUUUUUGUUAGCAGACUGUUAUUUUAGCUUUAUUAAAUGUUUGACAGGUCAGGUCUUUAGCUGAACUUGUGGUAUCUUAACUGUAACCCUAACAGAAGAACCGUCUGAUUUUAUUUUGAAAGUUUUAGUGUGUUUCCGUUUUGAUAAACCUCCCAGAUGAACGGUCUGCAGCCGGACUGUUGAAUCGUUUAUAAAGUGAUUAAAGACGUAAAUGGAAUAGUUCUGUUUAAACUGGGGGAUUAUCGGUUUCUUCAUGUGCAUUCUGUUUUUAUUCACAUAUAUGAGAAGUCGGAUGUUUGCAUCAGCCACUUAGUAAUUUUAUUUCACAAUAAAGUUUCACUUUAACUCAUCCAUGUAGAAAUGUGCAAAAUAAUGUUGGGUACAUUUUAGAUAAGCUGACAGGGCUGGAGGAAAGUUGGUGUUUCAGAGUGUUGUGUUUGUGUUUUCAGUGAACUCAGGGACUCAAUGCUGAAAACUGAAGCAUCAGAAACGCAAUCAUUAAAAACGGUUUCAUAAGGAUCUGGGUUUGAAUAUUUCUACAUUUCUGAUAUUUCUAUGACGUUGUGGGUCUUACUAAAUGCCUCUCUCUGCCAUCUUCCAUCUCUCUGGAGGCGCCCUGGUCUUCCUGCAGGGACGUGAAGGGUUAAUUUGUGGCCGGGGAAACCUGAUGCUAAUUAAGUCUGAGGAAUGCCACAUCCUGACACUGGAGUGCAGGAGCCCAGAGUGGUUCAGGCAUGGAGGGAGCCAGCAGUAAUGCAUGAGGCUGGUGCUUUUAUUCCUCUCUGACAGGCAGGAGAUCCGGACUCAUCAGACCCUGGAGCUGAAGGAGGAGGGAGAGAUACCUUGACGCAAAAUGCUGUUAGUAUCACCAGUGCUGUUGCUAUCUUGGGUUUCGCUGCAAGCUGCCGCAGAGAUUUGCCGCGGGACGCACUGCUACGGCGCGGAAACCGGCGAUCCAAGACCGUGCACCGGAGCGCACUGUCCCGGGAGCAGAUCCUCCAGACCUCCGCGGCAGUUCACCCCCUCAGCGCAGGGGAGAGCCGGGCACAUCGUCACCGGCCAGCAUUAUGCGCACCAGGGCUUUACGCCGGACGCGUAUCCGGCCGUGCAGCCUCUGCGCGGGCGGCACGGCGACGGCAGCGGCACGCGCAGGAGAGCGCCCGAAGUUUACCCCGCAGGGUGCACGGAUUCAGACUGUGUCGCUCCGGGGAAACAGUUUCUGCCCACUAAUGACACCCGAGAGUGCAGAGGGAUCGAGUGCAGACUGCCGCCCAGGAUCCGGCCAAAGGCUCGGCUGAAGUCCUGUGUGGGAGAAGGAUGUGUGGUCGCUUCAGAGGAGAGCGUCUCCUCAUCCUCAGCCAGCCAGCUUCCUCCUCUCCUUCUGUCCGACAGAGCCGCGCAGUUUCUGGGAGAUUUUCCGGAGCUGGGAUAUCCGUCGCCGGAACUUGGCAGUGCGCCUCUGGGAGUCCAGCUCACAUGUGACAUCAAACCAGGUGAGAAUGAAGUUCCCUCAGAAGACGCCCUCAUCUUGCACCUCCAGCUGGCCAAAGGCCAGGAGAAACUGGUCGAGGCCAUGCGAGCACAGCAGGUCAUCAUCAAGGAGCUGCAGCAGAAGCUGGCUGACCAACAGGAGGCGCUACUGUCCCAGCAGAGGCAGAUCCUCGAGCAGCAGAAGCAAAUGUAUGAGCAGAUGGAUGUGGUGAAGGCGCAGUACGGCCUCCUCUCAGACACCAUUAAGCAGGUCUCCUUCCAGGGUCUGCAGGGCGAGCUGCAGAGCUACUUCGAGAGUCACCUGGCAGGUCUGCAGAGCCAAGCUCGCAGCCACCUGCAGAAGUCCUACGCUGUGCACAAAAUGGAUAUGGAUGCAAAGGUGAUGGAUGUAGUAGGAGAGGCUCAUUUCCCUCAGCCUCUGCUGGGAUGUCCGACAGCCUGUGGGCACGAGGAGUUCUGUGAUUUUCAGAGGGACCCGCCUCAGUGUGAGAAGUGCACCAUGUGUCCACCGGGUUUCUUUUUGAUCUCACAGUGCUCUCCAACUGCAGACAGGAUGUGUCAGGACAGAGAUGAAUGCCUUGAACUACCAAAUGUCUGUGGUGAGCGAGUAAAGUGCCUCAAUACUCCAGGAGGAUUCAGGUGUCUGGGAGCUUCUGAAAGGGAAGCAGUAUUGGGCUUGUGUGGUCAUGACUACUUCUACAACCAUGAGCUGCAGGAGUGCCAGGCCUGUUCUGACUGUGACGGAGAGCCUGUCAGUGUUUCCUGUACAGCUAUCAGCGACGCCGUCUGUGGUCAGCCAUCAGAGAGUCGACUCUCCCAGUCCUGGGCGGCCAGCGUUUCAAUCCCCCAUGCCCAUACCCCUGGCACCCACAUCUUCCCAGGACUACAACUCAACAUCCGCGGCAAGGAGAUCAGCGAUCUGUUGUCCAACGAGGCGGGACAGGUGAGGUUCCUGCAGCACGGCUUGGUUUGGUUGGAUCAUAAUUUUGCUAUCAAGCACAACUGCAGGAACUUCCUUCAGGUGGGGAUGAGGCUCAACGGGAGCCAGGAGGAGGAGGGUGAGGACCUCAGUGGAGUUCGAAUCGAGCAGCCGGAUGGGAAAUACUUCCAGGGUGUGAGCGUGAGCAGUGGAGUGGAGGUUGAGCCAAAUCAUACUUUCACAUUGCAGCUGAGGAGUCCCAAUCAACACUGCAACCAGAGCAAGGAUAUUCAAGUCUAUGAUAUCAGCACUCCCUCUUUCAGCCUGCUCUGGUUGUCUCAUGAUACCGGAGCUGUGGCCAUGACGGCUCAAAUGUCCCUGUUGACACACUACCAAACAAGCUACCGCCCAACUCUCCGUAUGACAUCAGUGUCUGACCCAUAUAUGAUCAUUUUAACCCAUGAUAACCGCGGCGUUCGCUUCACAGAAAGUGGUGUUGUCAAGUUUGUCCUCCAACAGGCGCUGUACUCUAUGGGCCACACCUGUGUUCGGGAGGGUUUCUCCCUGAUCGCUUAUACUAAUCAUAACGGAACUGGACAGGAGGCGAUGCAAGCCUUCAAAACGGGCGUCCACUACAGGGAUACUUCCAUCACCCUCUCUGGUGCUGUCAGCGUGAACAGCGAGGACACUCUAAGCUUUGAGAUCCAGUCUCCAUCCCAGUGCAACAUCCGCUACUUUGGAGACAACACUGGGAUCAGUAUUCUGAGUCUGAUCUGGAUCCCUUCAGCUGUGUCAUCAGCCUUGAGCGCCACUGUGUCCAAGACAGGUCUGCCCUCUGGAGCAGUGAGGAAUAAACCGCUGUUUUUCCACCAGAUCAGCCCAGAUACCCCACAGGUUCAUUUAGCGCGCUCAGGAGAACCGAACAGCCGGAAGAGCUUUAUAUUCCAUGAGAAAGGGGAGGCGAAUAUCGCCCUUAACCUGAAGCUGAUACACUCUUGCAAUGUUGUAAAGCUCACCUUGCAGCAGGUGGAGGGUCAGGGUGGGCAGGCAGGUCCUGUGGCUCAGCAGGUGUCUGGACAUAUGCCUGAAGGGAGCCAGUGGGCCAGUAUCGGGCUGAGGGCCUCUUUCCCUGUCCAGAAUGGUACAGCCGUCUUUGCGACUCUGGACUGCAUCCGAGGACGAGUCAACCAGAUAACACACGAGGGCGGCACUAACAUUUCAAUCCUCUGGGUUGCAGUGUGACCCAGGAGCCUUUGACAGUGAUUAUAAACUUUGUAAAAAAUAACAGAAAAAAAGACACUUUUGCACAAUAUUGAAUUGCAGAGCAAAUUCAACAAUUUACCAAACUAAGGAAGGAAACCAGAUGAUAAGAAACACUUUAAUUCAUCUUUUAAACACAUUUUGUCAUUGUAUUGUUAGACUUUUAAUGUAAAUCUCUUUAUGAUUCACUUCCUGUAAGUACUGAAGUACUUCGGCUGGUUGAGCAGUGACCAAUUUUAUGGAAAGAGUGUGUGAAUGUGUGUUUGUGUCAUUACUUUAAAUAUGAAUGUGUGAAUGAACAUGUAAAGUGGUGCUAUAUUUUAUAUUUGUGUGUGCAAACACACCAGCAUGCCUACCUUUGCAUACGUGUAUGAGUCAUAUAAUAUAUUUAGUACUGUAUGUAUCAUUACUCAUUUAAAAUGACUGUUUGUCCUUUUGGGAGACUUGUGCUUUGCUUUUUGGUAAAGAGGGAAUAAGAUAAAAUUCACUCACAUGGUUAGCUUAGCUUAGCAUACAGAAGGAGAGCAUGAGGGAAGAGUUAACCUGGCUUUGCUUAAAAGCUCCAACAUUCAUCUGUCAGCCUUUUUUUUUAAGUUAUCACAGCAUUUUGUCUUAGAAAAAACAGGCGUGAAAAACUUAACCCAUUUGUUUGAGGGCUUAAGUACGACGGAGUAUUAGGGCCACACGAAGAAAAAAAAAUAAAAGCAUAAAAAAAAAAGUUGAUAUU